UUCCAGUUUAAUAAAAUGAAGGAAUUUGAGAGGAGACGAAGUGUAAAUGGAAUUGGCAAAGUAGGAAGUGCCAGUUCUUUGUCGGCUGGAAGAGAAACAGAAACUAUUUUAAAUCCAGAAUGGCUUUCUGAUGAUUUUUGUUCUUCUGAAGAAUUGGAUAAAUUAAGUAUGUGCUUAAGUGAGGCUUCUUCUUCGGAAAAUAAUGGGGGUAGACAAAGACAAUCACUUUUAGCGGAUAUUGUUCAAGCUCAGUUGAUUAUAACAAUAUUUUAUUCGUAUGCCUGGCAAAAUCAUCGAAAGAAAUUUCUUCUUUCUGUGUUUGUUGUACUUCCAACAGCAAUGGUUGUUUGUUGUACUUUAUCUUCAAUGCUUACAGUUAUUGUUAUUUUGGGUCGAUUCUUUUCUUCCCCAGUCCGUUUUCAAGACAUUUUACAUGUUGAUGGAGGAAAUGAUGAUAAUGAUGGAAGUGUAAGCACAACUGGAGGGGGAAAUGGAGGAGGAGGUAUUAGACGUAGAACAACUUCUGUUUCUUCUUGUCACUCUUGUGGUGGUAGUUCUAUUAAGGGAUUUACUUUCUCUUGUGACGAAUUACCUAAACCAAUGUGUCGAAAACAUUCUGCUGAAGGUUCUUCUCUAUCAUUAUUUGGAAGUAAUGGGAAUGGAAGUGGAAUUGUUCGUUCAGAUUCAAUUGGGGGUUAUAGUGCUAGACCUAGAUUGACACAUCAAUAUUCCCAUUCACCUGCAGACGGCUCUGGAACUUCUGCUGUUGUUGACCGUUAG